AUUUAAAGUGCAACUUUUUCAUUUGUAUGUGGUAUGUUUUCUAAUCCCUUGUAUUUGUGUUGCGUGUUUUCAGGAGAGCCCCAACCUGUCUUUGAGAAGGGACGUUUCCAGGCCUCUGCCUGCCCUGUUGUUCAGCUGUCAGGUGGGGGUAGGGCGGACCAAUCUAGCAUUGAUCCUGGGGACCCUGGUCCUCAACCACCUGAAGACAACCCAGGAACCACCACAAGCAGAAGAGGCAGAAGCCAAGCCCCUGUUCCAAGUCAUUCAGACCCUCAUCAACAGACUACCUGAAGGUCAACAGGUCAUGGAAGAGGUUGACCAAGCGAUCGCUCUGUGUUCAGAAAUGCACAACAUAAAAGAAGCGAUGUAUGAAAAUAAGAAGAAGCUUGAAGCGAUCGGAGAUGAUUAUCAAAUUCAGGGAAGCACGACCAAAGACUACUUUCUCCACAGAGCCAUCCAGAGCCUGGAACGUUAUUUCUACCUGAUUGUGUUCAACGCGUACCUUCAUGAGCAGUAUUCUCUUGGCUUUGCGUCCAACUUCAGCCAGUGGCUGUGUGCUCACCCCUGGGUGUACCGCCUGCUGGCCUGUAUGGACCUAUCAGAACUCUCCGCUCCGCCUGAUCUCGUCACCAAGGGAGCCCGCGUUCUGGUUGCUCACGAGUACCUGUCUCCAGACAUACUCAGCACAGUGAAGGAGAUGAAGGUGGCUAACUUCAGAAGAGUCCCCAAGAUGCCUGUCUACGGCAUGUCUCAGCCUACAUCAGAGGCGACGGGUGCGGUGUUGACCCACCUGACAGAUGAGAAGAGGAAGUACAGCCACGUCCUGUGGGUCAACCUGCAGGAGGAGCUGGUUCUGGAGGGGAACGGACAGAUCUUCACCCCCAGAGAGCCGUCCUGUAUGGGGCAACACAUCCCUGUCCCCGCCACAGACCCCACGCAGAUAGAGAAACUAGAGACAGCCUUGGGAGAGGAGGUUCAGAGAGCCCAGAAGUGGCUGGAGGUGACUCUGGAGCAGGAGAAACAGAUGAAGAUGUUUAAAAGCUGUCUGACGGUCCAGGAGGUGUUCAAGCAGUACCAGAGAACACACCAGGGACUGUUCUAUAGACGUAUCCCUCUGGCAGACUGCUGCGCCCCCAAGGAGGAGGACUUUGACCAGCUCUUGGAGGCCAUGAAGAGUACCUUGGCAGAGGACUCUCACUCAGCCUUCGUGUUCAACUGCUCCAACGGCAAGGGAAGGACCACCACGGCCAUGGUCAUUGCUGCUCUCACUGUCUGGCACUUCAAUGGCUUUCCUGAGUUUGGUGACGAUGAGAUUGUCAGUGUUCCUGAUGCCAAGUACACGAAGGGAGAAUUCAAGGUGGUGAUGCAGCUAGUCAGACUACUGCCGGACGGCCACCAGAUGAAGAGGGAGGUGGACAUGGCUCUGGACUCAGUUAGCGAGACCAUGACCCCCAUGCAUUACCACCUCAGAGAGAUAAUCAUCUGUACCUACAGACAG